UGCGCAUGACAGUCAGUGCGGCCUUGCAGACUGAAGAGCGCUGCCAACAAAGGCCGAGUCGAUGGGGUUACAAAAAAUUUGUUAAUUUGGACUUAUAAAACCCUUUUGUUAUCAUAAUUAUAAUUUUAAUUAGGUUGUGAAUCUGUGAUUACGUUAAGAAAUGUGUGAAUGAUAUGAAUUGUGACGACUAGCAAAGGAGUCAGCUGGUCCACAGUGCGAAUAGUGAAUAAGAAAUGGCGGCCUUGCCAGCAGGUGUUCAGUAUGGGUUAUCAUCUGAGUCUAGUUAUAAAGAAAACAAGGAACUAGUGUUUGUGAAACUUACGGAUUCUGCUUUGAAAGCUAUAGAAGAUUUUAUUAGGAAUAAUAGGGACAAAUUAGCAAAACCUAAAAUACAGUUCCUACCCGGAAAUGAAGGGAAAAUAUCAAUUCCGAUCCCGACCAAUGGUGCGCCAAGCGAGUCAACAUUUCACUUUAGCAUCAACAGCAAUGCAGAAAUGGAGGGCCCGCAGGGGUCGUUCGAGUGCGUUCGCGGGGGCGCCGGCGCACGGCGGCUGGAGUGCUGCGGACCGCUGCCGCGCCGCAUGCGCGUCCUUGCCAACGACGACUCGUACGAGGCCACGAAGGACCGCAUGGCACGCACAGUCGCCGCCGAGCAGAGCAAGUGCACUAGGGUUAUAAAACCCAACCAGACAGAUAUAGGACGUAGAAUAAAUAAACGCCUCCCCCACACGACUUACUCGAAUGGGUCAGCAGCGGCGCAACUGGCGGAGAGAGCCGAACGUGCAGAGAAAGAGCGGCUCGAGCGGCUGGAACGGGAACGUGCUGAGAGAGCGGAGAGAGAGCGAGUCGAGCGUGCCGAGAGGGAGCGCGUCGAGCGCGCAGAGAGAGAACGCGUUGAGCGAGCGGAGAGAGAAAGAGCCGAAAGGGCGGAGAGGGAACGAGCAGAGCGGUUAGAGCGGGAACGCGUGGAGAGAGUCGAAAGAGAACGGGCCGAGAGAGCCGAGCGGGAACGAGCGGAGAGACCUGACAGGGCUGAGCGAGCCGAGCGGGCGGUGCCCCGCGGCGCACCACCGCCCCACCAACGCCCGCCGCCCGCCGCGGACGUUUCGCGACGCUCCAUAAAUGAGAGACUUAUACAAUUAUUAGCACUGAAGCCAUUCAAGAAGCCGGAGCUAUACGCGAGGCUGAAUAGUGAAGGCAUCAAGGAGAAGGACCGAGGUGAAGUCAACAAGAUCCUGCCCAAGAUCGGAUCCCUUAAAGACAACUGCUACCACCUUCGCAGGCAUAUAUGGAACGAUGUCAACGAGGACUGGCCAUUUUAUACCGAAGAGGAGAAACGCUUACUCAAAAGGCGGAAACCUCAAAAUCUGACUCCACCCUUAAGCAGCGACUCCGCAAACUCAUUGUCCCCGCGCGCAUCCCCCGCCAGCGGCAGCAGCGGGGGCGGCAAGCGCGCGCCCGCCGGCGACGAGGACACGCCCGCCGCCAAGAAGAAGCGCAUCUCUCACUACCGCCGCCCCUCCCCGCCCUCCUCCGGGUACGCCACCACCUCCUCCGGGGAGCGGCACGCCUCCGACAACGAGGAUGACAGGACCAACGUUAAAAAGGAUAAUGGCUACACUCUCAACUUCAACACGGUGAAGGAUCUCUGUCCCAGUCCUGUGAAACCUAACGGCUUCAGAAAUAGUCCUACAGUAGAGCAAACUAGUAUCACAGAAAAAGACAUCACAAAUACUGAACAAUUAGAAACUACAGAUUUAACGUCUGUACCUGAUGAGAAUAUGACUGAUUUGGUAGAUAUUGAAAGGCAGUACCCGGCGAUCGCGAGCUCCGGCACGCGGCGCGCGUACAAGCAGGAGUUCUCGGAGCUGUACACGGAGUACAGGUCGCUGUACGCGCGCGUCGCGCAGGUCGCCGCGCUCUUCUCGCAGCUCGAGCAGCAGCUGCGCCGCACCGAGCCCGCCUCGCCGCAGCGCAGGACGAUAGAGCAGCGUAUAGUGGAGGAGUACCAGCGCGUGCGCAACAACUCCGCGUACCAGCGCGAGAGGCGGCGCGUUAACUACCUGCACCGCAAGCUCAACCAUAUCAAGCGGAUGGUGCAGCAGUACGACCAGCUGCGUAAUUUGAAACCGGAGCGCGUGUCGGCGGCGAGCACCACGCAGGCGUACUGACACUCGCGCUCCCCGCGCGCCGCCCGCUGCCUCUAGUGGCCGGCCCCGCCCCGCGCCCCGCCCACACCGCGCCCACGCGCCCACACUGCGCCCACGCGCCCACGCCGAGCCUACGUGCCCACGACGAGCCCACGCGCCCACGCGCCCAUGCGCCCACUACGCGCGACACUCGGCUCGUUCACAGACUUAUAACCCCUUCAUAUACAAAUACUGGUUGCCUGCAGUAAUGUCCAGGACUCCUUGCGUCAGUUUGUUUCUCGAGGUUGUAGUAUUUAGAUAUUAGUUUCACAAUUUGAUAUCAUUAUGUAUCCAGAUUUAUCGAUUAAUUUUAGUUAUUGUCAGUUCUUCCAUUAUGUUUAAUGAACAUGUGCUAUACGUUUUAAAAUCGCCAAACACUUGUGAUCAAUCGUAUUACGUAUGAAAACACGAAAUUUUGCACGCGCUUAAUUGGUUUUAAGCUUCUAAUAUCGAUCUUUAUACUUUGGCAUCUAUCAUUUUGGUAUAAUUCUUAUGUAUGACAGACUAUAACAGUGCAUAUUUGAUGACACCCUCAGUGGUUGUCGGUGUCAUAGCGUGCUGAAAUGCCAUAAAUCAACAUAAAAUUAUUCAGUACAAGUCAAUUCGAGAGACUUAUCGGCCUUUGAAAAACAAUUAUAUUGACAUUUUUAUACUAUAUUAGCCCUAAAAUCGUCCCUUUAAUUUCCAUCCAUUUAUUCUGAUUGGACGUUCGACUUUGCAUCUUGCCCCCGCUUGUAAAUAUUAACUUAACGCGUAAUUAUUACGAUUUGUUAAAUUUUAUUAUUACGUCUAGUUUAAAGAAUUCUUUUAAUUUUAUGUUGAUAUAGUUAUGAAACAUGUAUUUAUCCUUUGAAUGGUUUUGUCGAGUUAUUCCUGCAUAUCCAAAUUGGUCACAAAAAAUAUCUUUGACAUCGUACUUAUUAUUCUAAUGUUUUUGGAAUUUAUAGCGAGAAUAGCCCGACGAACUCAAAUUGUCAUACAUUUUGCCAAAAUUAUUUAGAUUUUAUGAUGUUUAAUUAGUUUUUAUUGCGGAAUGAAACGUCUCGAAACGACCGGCCAGUGUUGAUCAUCCACUAGAGAUAAGUAUUCUGGUCCCCUUCAGAACUACCCUCCACAACACAAUAAAUUAAUAAAAUCGUAGUUAUUUUUUCUACAUUUGGGCUAAUCAUUGUCAAAAAAUCAAUUCAAUUGUCCCUCACGCGAUAGGCUCGCUCCCUUUCAGAUUUGACACUUAAAUGUCUUGCUAUCUCUUUCUAUACCCUUUGCACGCAAGCUUCUGAUGCACAGUAGCGCCCUCUACAAAGACCAUAUUAUCCAUGUUACCCUAUUUAAAUAAAAUUCUAGAUAUAAACACCUCUAAUAUUCAAAUGAUUGGCAAAAAAUGGCUUUUUGUUGACUGAACCCAAGCACUCCCCUUUUUCUUAAAUUUUAAAUAUGAUAUUUUUCAACUUUGUCCAAAUUAAAAAAUCACGUUUUUAAUUCCUUCAAGGAUAAUCACAUUAUAGCCCAAAUGUGUAUAAAGCCGUCUUAUGUAUUAUGUCCUAAAACUAACGUCCAUAUUGAAAAUGAAAUGAUUUAGCGUUAAGUAUGAUUUUUGAACUCUUAAACGCAAUGUGCAAGAUCAACUCGCUGACGAUUAGCGAAAUUGUAGAAAAUGCAGCGAAAUAACGCGUGUACUGAAACAUGAGAUUUGCGCGAUGACGUCACUACGCGACUACAUUACGUCAUAUCUCAUGUUGUAAGGCGUUAUGUUAUGUGACCUUAUAUUUUGCCUUAUUAUUUGGAUUAUAUGUGUUCUUCAGUGUUGUGAUUAAUUUAAAAAUUGUUGCGUUUUCUACAUUUCGCGUUGAUUUUCUUUUGAUUUGAUAAUGUUGUGUUAAAAAUGGCCAUCUUGAAAUUGUUUCCAUCGAAUGUAUAUACCAGUUUGUUACGAAAUUUAUUGUAUAUGUGUAAAUGUAGCAUUACUAUGUUAGGUUUACGAAACCUUGUUGAUUGUUUCGUUUGAUUUCUGUCAAUUAAUGUGUCAAAAAAACUUUUUAAUACUUCUGGUAUGACGGUCAAUUCUUUUGUACGGGAAGGUUUGUUGGUAAAAUUCUGUCAAUUUAAAAGCAAAGCCCUUUUGCUCAUCGGAUUUUAUUAUUUAACCCUUUACUCAUUUAAAUGCUCAAUGAUAUAGUUAUAUUUGAUAUUAGUUGAACGUAAAUUUGUCUUUAGUGAUUCUUAUUUAUUUUACCAAUUAAAUCAAAAUUAAUAUCAUUUUUUAUCUGUAAUUUUGUUUAUUACACUUAUAUAAAGGUAUAUAAGCCGUUGAGAUGUUAUUGUUACCAGUAGUGUAAGGCGCGGUUGUUGUGGAGCGGAGGCUCGCUAGUGCAAAUAUUGUUCCUUCGUGGACAUCUGUUUUUCAUGAAUUUGUUAAAGUUGGACAUUAUUGUCGAUGCAUUCCAUUUGGCGAUUGAUUGCGCACGCGCAGAUACAUGAGUACACCCAUUCUGUAUGACGGACAGUCGGCGUAUUUUAAUAUCAAUCUUUAUUGUAAAAAUUAUAUGAAGAUUACCAAAAUUUAUCACCAAAAAUUGAUAAUUGGUUGUCAAUUCGUCUUUUUUAAUUUUAUAUGCAUAAUUGCAUAUUAUUCCUUUACUAACUUGACUCCAACUGAUUCCACUUAUCUGUACAAUUCUUAUUUCUAUACUGUAGAAAUUCCUUUUUGUAGUUGUAUUUAUUUUUAAUUUAAUGAUUGUCUUAUCCCAAAUAUUAAAACUGGACUUAUAAAAAUCACAUUUGCCCUUGACGCCCGCGCGGAAUUAAAAAUAAUGUGACAUAUGUUACCAAGUGAUUACGCAGCUUUCUAAUGGCGAGAGUUUUUGAAGUCUGACAAGUAGUUUUUGAGUUUACGAAAUUUUAAAUCUUUCCUUUUUAUGAUAUUAAGUGUAAACUGACUGUCCGUGCAUAUAAAGGGGAGACUUCAUUAGUGGCUAAUAAUUAUAACGAAAUAAAUCUAAAAUCAUUGUUGUCGCCAAUAAUCCUCUUGUUUGUGAACUAAUGGAUAUAAGACGUAAUUAAAUUCUGUCACAAAGGCAGUGUAUCGAUAUGUCAAAUGUUGCUCUGUUGUUACCUAUUAAGUUAUUAAGAGAUUUGGUACGAGAGAUAUUUGUAUUUUGACAUGUUUAUACGAAUGCUAAAAUCUCAAUGAAAUAUUAUAAUAGUCCAUUGUACAGUGUAGGAUAAAUAUUUAGUGCUUACGACAUAAAAUUAUAAUAGUUAUAUAGUAACAAGCGAUGUCGCGGUGCAUUGACGUGUCUCGCGCGGCUCGGGGCGGCCGUCGGCUGAUUGUAUUUAGAUGUGGUCCAUUGAUAAUAUAUUAUUAUAUAUUCAGAUCAAAAGAUAUUGUAAAUUUUGGUGUACAGUAAAUUGUAUCGAGCGGAGCGCCCGCGCGUCCGGUCGACACAACGGAGACGUCUUACCGAACAAUUAAAUACUAUGUAUUAUGUCAUUGUAAAUAGAAUACGAAUUAGUAGCUUAGGCGCGUUAAGGGAUAUAAUCUUAGUGUUUUAUUUUUUUAAAUUGCUACGAAAGUGUAUAUGGGGGAGUAUUGUGUGGGGAGGGGCGGGGGCGCGGGGGGCGCGGCCUCCGGUAUCAGUGCAUUACGAGUCGCGAUGUACGGACUAAGGUGGACAGUGUUACAGUGUACAGAUCGAGUUUAACAGCUCGGGCCGCUCGGCCCGGGCGCACGACGACUUGCUAUGAAUCCUGACAUCGGCUCACGUUAAUUAGCUUUAUAUAAAUAUUUCAUCAAAAUAUAAAAUACACAAAAAAAAUAUGGAUGUAAAUCUUUCGACCAAGUGCUGGUUGUUUUUUUUUAAAUUAUUAAAAUGUAAAAAAAAUUAGAGUAUAUACAAAGCAUAGGUACAAUUUAUUAAUUAUACUUUUCUUUUCGGCAUUUGAUUGUAACAGUGGAAGGAGCGCUUGUUUGCCGCCGGCAGAGCUCGCAGCGACUCUGCCUGUCUAUAUCAUGUUGUGUGAUUUCUUUUGCUCACGUCCUCUUCCAUUGCUUAUUCGUAUCGCCAUCUAAUCUUAUGUAAUUUUUUUUAUUUUUAAGGCAGGGUAAUGCAGAAUGUGGUACUUUUUGUUUUUUUCACCAUUGAUGAGUUUUGAAAGUUUGAAUUAAGUUGAAUUUAUCCAUUCAAUGGAAUAUGUAUUGUUAUGGAGGAAACAAGAGUUUGUUGAUUUUUUUUUCUUAAAUUAAGA